AUGGAUGAAAGCGAAGCCUUGGUGGGGGAGUUUGUUAGGAUGUUGAUGGACAACCACAGGAGAUCGAUUCCGACAAGAAAACAGAAUGUUAGGGCUCUGCUCAAGGUCAAGCCGAAGGAGAUGGCGACGCUUGUAGAGUCUUCCAAGAAGUAUUUGGUGAGGCUGGGGCUUGAGUUGGUUGGAAUCGAUAAAGCAGGCAUUGUUGAUCUCCCAGUGGCUGAAAAGUACUUCGUCAGAAGGCUUCGGCCCUCGGGUGACACUGCAGUAUGGUCGGAAGAGGAGUUCAGAAGACUGGUUAUGACAUUCGCCCUAGUGAUACUGGAGCAGGGAUCGGUGGAGAUGUCCAGACUAUGGUUUUUUCUGCAAAAGACGGAAAUGUUUCAAGAUGAAGACGAUUUCUCUGGGUUCCUGAAGCGAGCAAAGGACCAGGGAUAUCUCUCUUCUUCCAAGGUCGAGGAGAGCCUCAGCAUUGUCCUUGGAUGGAGGUACUACUGCGAUCUCGGCAGCUUCAGUCCCAGGGAAUACUUCUGGAACCGCAGACAUUGA